UUUUUUCACCUUCCUUCCCCCUUAAGAUCUUUCCUCAGAGACAUCUCACCGGUGCAAUGUCCCGCCAUGCGACUAGCGGCAGACAAACAAAUGAAACAGACGCUGCUUAACAGGCGUGCGCUGCUGGUAGCAAAAGUGGAAGAACUCGACAAACGCACGGCACUACCGUUUUCCACAUGCUGUUUUCUUCAGCGGUGGGUGCUUGUUUUCAGGGACCUGUAAUGAAUCGCGCUGUGGGACGACCCACAGUGAGGACAGUGCCCGUCAAUGUUCCCUUGCAGACAGUGGUCACGACGACCGGUGACAGUGGUGUGUGCUGCGGUUGUUUCAACUUCGGGAUAUUCAAUACGCGGGCUGGGAUUUAUAAACUCGUUGAAGUGAUUCUGGGCGCGAUCUGUCUAUACCUGGUGCUGCUCUAUGGUACCCCUGUGUGGCUCAUGUUGGGACCAGCCUACGCCUUCUACCUGACUUCAGUUGCCGCUUCUCUCAUGGGCUCCAGCGUCUUUUUCUUCUCUUACCUUCUUUCCAGAAAGACAUACCUUGUUGCACGAAAUACUGUACUGGAGACGGUGCAGAAUACAAUCGCCUUCCUGCUUCUGAGUGGGUCCUCUGCAUUCCUGGUGGUGCAGACGUCGCUAUGGCUCUGGCCACUCUACCUUCUGACUCCUUUCUUCCAGGCGUAUCCCGCCAUGAUGGCUGCUGGGGUGCUCGGUUGCUGUGCAGCGGCUGUUCAUGCAUUCGACGGCAUUCUGGCAUUCCGGGAUAUGAAACAAUGACACACAGCAACGGCUAGAGACGUUACACUGAUGUAUAUAUGAAGUUGGCGCACUUGUGUAAUUAAUAAACAGAGUAUACUUG